AGGAAAUUUUAUUGCGUUUAAACCAGAAAAGAAAAAAGAAAGAAAAGAAAGCUCUGGUUUCUGAGAGUUCAAAGCCGCAGGGAAAAGAAAAGAAAGCGGAAUUUAACAAAAAAUUGAUUCGGUCUUUUGAAUCUCUUGUUUUCAAAGCCAUGGACGCGAGGGUGAAGCAGGAGCUCCUGGAAGCUUCGUAUAUUCCAACGCCGAAGCGAAGCGGCGUCAGUUGUAAGUUGCCGCCGGAUUCCGUAAUUUGCCUGAGCACGAGUAGCGACAGCAGCAGCGGCGACUCCGACUCCGACGAUUCAGUGGACGGCGGCGGCGGAGCUUCGGGGGUUUUGACGAAGAAGAGGAAGUUGGACGGGCUGGGAGUCAGAUUUCCGGUUGGGUUUUUGAGGCCUCUGCCGCCGGAAGAGGUGGGGCAGCUGCUUCCCGGGCCGGAUGCGGCGGUUGCGCGAAGGGAAGAGCGCGGGGUGAUGAGUCGGUCGCACUUUAAGCAGUUUUGGAAGGCCGGGGAUUAUGAAGGAGCUCCUUGUGGCGAUUGGGAUUCUUCUGCCGGUGGGAUAGACCAUGUCCGGGUUCACCCAAAGUUUCUGCAUUCGAAUGCUACGAGCCAUAAGUGGGCCCUUGGAGCUUUCGCCGAGCUCUUAGACAACGCAUUGGACGAGGUUUGCAGUGGUGCUACAUAUGUUAAUAUAGAUAUGCUUGAAAAUAAGAAAGACAGAAGCAGAAUGUUGCUGAUUGAAGAUAAUGGUGGUGGGAUGGAUCCAGAUAAGAUGCGACAUUGCCUGUCGUUGGGGUAUUCUGCGAAAAGCAAAGUUGCAAACACUAUUGGACAAUAUGGAAAUGGCUUUAAGACAAGUACCAUGAGGCUUGGAGCAGAUGUAAUUGUGUUCUCUCGUUCUAGUGGAAAAGAUGGAAAAAGUGCUACACAGAGCAUUGGAUUGCUGUCUUACACAUUUUUGACGAGCACGGGAAAGGAAGAUAUUGUAGUUCCCAUGCUUGACUAUGAGAGAGGACAGGGGGCUUGGAACAAAAUGUUAAGAUCCUCGUCAAUUGAUUGGGAUAAAAAUUUGGAAACAAUAAUCCAAUGGUCCCCAUUUUUUGAUGAAGAAGAACUGCUUCAUCAGUUCUAUAUGAUGAAAACCCAUGGAACCCGAAUAAUCAUCUACAACCUUUGGGAGGAUGAUGAAGGACAGCUGGAGCUUGAUUUUGAAGCUGAUCCACAUGAUAUUCAAAUUCGAGGUGUCAAUCGAGACGAGAAGAGUAUACAAAUGGCAAAAGACCAUCCCAAUUCUCGUUUUUUCUUAACCUACCAGCACUCAUUGAGGAGCUAUGUAUCAAUUCUCUAUUUGCGGAUUCCUCAUAACUUUCGAAUUAUUCUUCGCGGGAAGGAUGUUGAGCACCACAACAUAGUCAAUGAUAUGAUGAUGUCCCAGCAAGUCACAUAUCGGCCACAGCCUGGUGCUGAUGGGGUUACAAAGGAUUCAAAUAUGGUUGCUGUUGUCACCAUUGGGUUUGUGAAGGACGCAAAGCAUCAUAUUGAUGUUCAAGGGUUUAAUGUAUAUCACAAGAAUCGACUGAUUAAGCCAUUUUGGAGGCUUUGGAAUGCUGCAGGAAGUGACGGCCGUGGUGUUAUAGGUCUUUUAGAAGCUAAUUUUGUUGAACCAGCUCAUGAUAAGCAGGGGUUUGAGCGUACAACAGUUCUUCAAAGACUUGAGGGAAAAUUAAUAGCUAUGCAAAAGACUUACUGGAGAGACAAUUGUCAUAAAAUCGGCUAUGCUCCACGGAAUAAGAAUGGCUCUGCAGAUAAAGAGGGUCCUCCCUAUGAAACGAAUGGUAAUACAUCAGGCAGCAAGAAACCAGUUAAUGUUUCCAGCAAGCUUCGUUUUAAAGCUUCAAAAAAUAUUUCUACUUAUCAUGGGCAUGUGAAUGUGCACAUGUCUGAUAAAGCCACAAAUAGAGUGCAAUCGCCCACAAAAUCAGGGGAAGGAUCGUCAAGCUCGUCUGAACCAUCAUCACCUUCAGCAGUCAAUGUUACCAAUAAACAAGUGAAUGGCAGUAGUAGUAAGGCAUUUUCUGCUAAGAAAUACUCUGGAAAAGGUAUCCCGGUGACUCGGUUAUCUUCAUGUAUGGACGGUACUCAAUCUCAGCAAGAUUAUUCAACACGUGGAGGAACCGGUUUACACACCCCAAGUUCCAAGUCAAAGCAGGGGAAUGAUGCCAAUGGUGAUUCAGGCGUUUUGGAGCAAUUGAGAAAAGAGAAUCGUGAACUGAAGCAAAGGUUGGAGGCGGAAAAGGACAGAGCAACUUCAGCUGAUUUGGAGCAGGACUUGCAGCGUGAAAAGGAUAGAUCCAAGUUACUUGAAACUCAGGUCCAAACGGCACAAGAAAAAAUUGAGGAAAUGAGCAGGGAACAAGAGACUCUAAUUCGCAUAUUCUCCGAGGAGAGGGAGCGACGAGACAAUGAAGAGGCCACUUUGAGAAAGAAGCUGCAGGAUGCAUCCAGUACCAUUCAAUUAUUGCUUGAAAAGGUAAGGGAACUGGAAGCGAAGAAGUCCGGGAACUUGAAAUCCAAAAGAUAGCGGUCUCGCCACUGUAUUCAGUAGUGAUCUUUAGGAGUUGGCGAAAUGUAGUUGACCCAAAUUUCAGAAGUACUCAAACGUAGAUUGGGACCCAUUUGUUGGACGGUCGGGGAACACGCCGGCCUUCUUUCUCGCUAGUUAUGCGACGUAAAUGGUGUCAUGUAUAAAGAGAGAAAUCAGAGUGAUAAUAUGAACUAUGAGCAUCAGUAUGUGUUGGGUUGAAUCGGUAGGAUGCGAUGUUGAAAUAUAGUAAAAACAGUACACUGGGUUUCAUAUCCACUAUUACACGGGUCUUUGCGGUC